GACACCAAACAUGGCGGCGCUCGGCAGCCGUGUAAAUCGCCAAGAAAACGGCGAAAAACAAAACAAAUCUCCCCUCGUAUCACCUUUGAAAGUACGAGAACUUCUCAACGAAGGGGUCGCCUCAGAAGACAGCGUGUUAAACUGUUCACAGCAGGAUCCAAGCACAUUGUCUCCAAAUGGCCUUGGCAAUUUUCCUUGUGAGGCAGCGAACAAGGAAUCAUUUUUCAUGAGAGUGGAGUCAUUCUCAUGUCUUAAAUGGGCUGGGAAGCCCCGUGUACUCUCUCCAAUGAGAUGUGCGCGAUACGGCUGGAUCAAUGUAGACUGCGAUAUGUUAAAGUGUUGUAGUUGCCAGGCUUUUCUCUGUGCAAGCAUUCAGCCAACACUGGACUUCCAGAAAUACAAGGGACGGAUUUCGGAGUUGCUAGAGCAACUUAAGACACAACAUGAGAAAUUCUGUUCUUGGCCAGAUUUUCCAUGUCCAGAUCGGUUUUGGGUGGUUCCUAUUAAUGAACCUACAGUUCUGCUUGGUGCCUUUCUAGAACGUUUUAAGAGUGCUUGUCUUCUGGAACAGCAGCUGCCUGCUAUGAAGCCAGAGCGGCUCAAAUCUAUGACAUUGACUGAAGAUGUCAUAAGUGUCCUUCUGCAGCUGAUUGAAGAUGAACAGAUGAAGCAGGGAGAUUCUCCCUCUAAAGUCUCAUCAGACAUGCUGUCUAUACAGGUGGCAGCAUGCAUUGUAUCUCUUUGUGGUUGGGCGGCCAGCCCAGCACUAAACGCUAUGAACCUGCCUAUCCUCACCUGUUCAUAUUGCAUGAGAAAGGUUGGACUGUGGAACUUCUUUCAAAUGGAGUGUGUUUCCGGAGAGGGUGAAAACCCACCGCAGUCUCCGACAUUUGCCGCUACUUCCACUCCAUCUCAAAGCAUAUGUGGGGAUAGGGGGGCACCCACCUCACCAUCUCAAUCCCCCACGCCAUGUCGCAUGAAGCUGCGUAGUCAAGAUUCUUUGCGGUCUGAGCAGAUGGAGAACACCUCAUCCCCACUGUUUCCUCGUACCAGAACAAGAGAGUCACCUAUCCCGCACGAUGAGCUACCCAGUCCGGUACCCAGGGGCAAGAGACCCAUGACCCGCAGAAGGGGUCAGGGGGACAGCAUGAUGGUAGAUGUGCCUUCUAGCCCACAGAGGAAAUCAAAACGACCGCGCCUCUCCUCUGCCAGUGGCCCAGAAGGGUUCAUGCUCAGGAAUGCAUUUGACCCAGUAGCCCAGCACAGAGACUGGUGUCCUUGGGUGAGUGUGGAACAGGACCAGGGAUCUCCAGAUGGCUCUGUCUUGGUUGGAUCUGAUGCAGAACUUCCUCAACCUGGUUGGAAAGCAGCACUGACCCUCUUCUUAUCCAUGAAAAGGAGCAUCAGCCCAAUAGGAACCAGUCCAUCUCAGGGUCCACAUGACAAAUCGAAAAGAGUGUUCUCCAUAUUCCGACAAUGGCAGGUCUCCUCCCCACCCCAGUAGUUGUUUUAUUUGGAAGGAGGACUGGGACGCUCUUGUGAUAAUAAUGGAACACUGUCCUUGGUAAUGAUGACAGGCAUUUCUUUUAAGAGUGUUUCUAUACAUGUGAGUCUUGUUUACAGUUUUUGGUUUGGUUGUGAAAGGGACAGCAAAUCUAUACCGAUCAAGAGAUCUGUGCGAACAGAACUUGUUUAGUAGCACAAAAGACUGCCAGAGUUCUUCUGAGAAGUUGUAACCUUAUAACACUGUUUGGCCUGACCAUUUGGUGGUAUCAAUACACUUUAUACCACAGUUGGCCUGCUGUCAUCAAAAGACGAGCUGCAGACUUUAAGGGGACUGCCAGAUAGUCCUCCCCUCUUCUGGACCGGCUUUAUAGGGUCAGAUCUAGCCUAAGUUUAGAUACGCUUUAGUGAACUCCUCGAUUUACACUGGACGACAUGUUAGUUGUAUCAUCCCUGGACAUUUUUUUGGAUUUUAGUUUAGCAAAACAUUUUUAAUUCCAGUGAGUGUGGGUUUUUGUUUGCAUUGUUCAAACGUGUACAGUGACUUACAUAAAUGUGAAUGGAACAAACAAGAUUUUAUUUUUCUCCCUUGUUUUUAAUAUUUCCACACCGUCUUCUAUCCAAAUGCUGUCUUAUAUAGAUGUGCCAUAAUUUGAAGGGUAAUGCAAAUGGUUUUGGUUUGAUUGUCUUCCAUUUUUUGCUUCUUGUAGUCUCCUCCAUAAUGCAUGUAAAUCUGAGUGCAUCGCUUUAUUACAAAGUGUAAUAAACAUAUUUCUUUCGCGGGUUUUCA